AUGCUCAGGUCAUUUGUUAGAUCCCUUGCUACCGGCGUCCUGGAGACCCCGUUGCUGAUGGGCAUACCUCCCAAGUACACCCUUGCAUCCAUCAGAAGUUUCCCAUCGCUCGAACCUCACAAGAUGGUUGCAUAUCCAAACCACUUCUUGAACAGACCGCUCAGAAGGGAUUUCUUGUGGAGCGCUGUUGUGUUUGAGGCCGACAGAGCACGCUUUGGGUCUGAGAACGUUCCUACAAAAGGCGACAAGCCAUACUCAAACAGAAAAUUGCAUCCCCAGAAAGGUACUGGUAGAGCGAGAGUUGGUGAUGCCAACUCGCCAACCAGAGACAACGGAUUGAAGGCACACGGUAUUAAAGCACCACAUGACUGGCUGACGAAGUUACCACGCAAGAUCUACGCCAAAGGCAUGCAGACAGCAUUGAGUGAUAAGUACAGAGCUGGCCAGUUAUAUAUCAUUGGAGGGGAGCAGAAGGCGGAAAGCGAUCGCUUGAUUACAGACUUUGAGUUCGAACACCCAUACCAGAUGGAAAAGUUUGUGGAAGGCCACGGGUUGCAAAGAUUGAGUAUUCUUUUCGUGACUGAUGUGCAAAGAGACAAUUUGAUGAAGGCUACGGAGAAGAGGGCGAGGAAAACCGACGUUGUGGUGAAGGACGCGCUUGAAGUGAGAGACUUGUUGAAGGCCAAUAGAGUAUACAUCGAGGAGGCAGCGUUGAACUGGCUUGUUGCCCAUUACGACCUUUAG